AUGUCGUCCUACCCCUCAUACGAGAAAAGCUCGACUCGAGAUCUCAAAAUCCAGCUAUCGCCGGGCUCGUCUCCAUCGGUCCUCAAAGUGACCGUCGAGAACGAGAGCCAAACACAAGCCUUUUCACUGUUCACUUGGGACACUCCUCUGGAUGAACAAGCUUUGAACAUCGGGGCUCUGACGCUUGAGGAUGCCAAGACUGGUCAAGCAGUACCAGGACCGCAAAUGAAGGUUAACAGGAAACUCCCUCCUCCCCGCGAUGCGGUGGUGGAAGUUCCUCCUCAGUCUACUGCCAGCAGAGAGGUCAAUCUCUCGUUUCCAUGGAUCCCCAAGGAUGGCAAGGUCUAUCGUGUUCAGGUGCAAGGAUCGUGGAAGGCUGUAUGGGCGAAACCAGCAUCGCAGCUCACAGACGAAGAGCUCUCGGAGAUGGCUGGUGAUAGUCAGCUCGAGGAGAAGAUCCGUGCUGAGAGUGCGGAGCUACAGCUUGGAGAAGCAAACGCUUCCUAA